CUAUCAAGUAUUUCAAUCGCAUUGUGGUCCUCAAAUGGCCACGAUUGCUGCUAUUGGCCAAAAGGCCGAUUGUGGGUUUUUGGGAGAGGAGGUUUCUUCUGUGGCGUCCAACUGCUGAUUCAACUUGCGGAUGUCAUCAGGGAUUGGGGGUAUUCGUGGCUUUUUUGGGAGACACAACUGGCACUAGUUCUUCCCACCGAUGGGGACAAUCUCAUUGAUCCUUUGGCCGAUGACUCGCUAGCCGCCUCGUAGUAAAUAUGUUUCUCGCAUCUCGGCAGCCAUGUUGGUGAUGAGAAGGACAUGUGAGAGCAAAAAUGCAGAGGCAGUCAAGCCAUGGUGAUAGUAUAUCGGACCCCCCCGUCUGACGCAGUUCUAGACUUCAACCCAGCGUCUUGGUUAAUCUACUUGUCAAGGUGCCACAUGAAAUUUCCCUUAUAUGGCCCAAGCGUGCUUAAGCAUAGUGCUCACUUGCGGAUGCAUCCCAUCCGACCGUCCAUGCUGGUGGGCACCGAACUGUUGCCGAUUAGCCUUAAACAUUCGGCGCGGCCCGUUUUCGAAAGUCAAAAAGUCACAUUAACGUAAUGACUAUGGGGCCAGUAAGGUACUUUUUGCGCGCUGUCACACCAAGUUACAGAAGACGGGCGCGCAAAUUCAAAGUUUAAUAGCCGCCUAGGAUAUCCACUGAUGUGAAGGACGGCAGAAAGGGAAGGAGCACCACCCAGGAAAUGAGGAGAAAGACAAGAAACCAAG